GAUUAAAAGUUUUGCAGCGGAAAGACCCGGAAAGCUCUCGAAUCUUCGGCGACAAGCUGUUGGCCACCAUAUUUUCAAACGAGCCGUGAACUGGAGAAGUUGAGUGGUAGUUCGAUACUUCGCUCUUUCUUUUUUCUUCAAAUAGUUUGGCUUGGAUUCCAAAUUGAGGCGCCAAACAAAACGCCGGGCUUCAAGGUUGGAGAUGGUUGUUGUGAUGGGCAGCUGCUCCUUCGAGUUCAUUGAUAGUUAAUUUAAUUGAAUUAUGGUUUAGGGUUGGUAUUUUUAUGAAUUGCAAAUGUUAUCUCACAGAGGCCUCUUCUAGACAAAUACCAGACUCUUCUUUGUUGUUUGUUCAACUCUGGAACUUCACUUGACAUUCCUUGCUUGUAAGAACGAUAAUGUUUGGAGUCGUUUUCCCUAACCGGAGCUUCCCUAUGGACAUCUCCGCAUUUUCCCAAAUCGACACAUUCCACUGGAUACUUGACAUGAAUACUUUCGUAGGUGAGGCAUACGAUCAAGUACGAGAAAUCUGUAUAUUCCUUUUAAACAACUUUACUCUACCCCCUGAUAAAGCUUUAGCCGUCUACAUUCAGUCACCUGGGUCACCAUUUUUAUUUUGUGGUGCUGUUACUUUAGCUCGCCCCUCAGCUGUGCUGUCGCUUCCAUGGCCUGAGCCUGGGGGACAAAUGCAGCUGACUGCACCAGAUUCCACCCCAUUAUCAGCAAAAAUUGGGGUUUCUGUUGAAGAUUUAGCCUCACUGCCAUCACUGGAUGUUGUGGCUGAGAAGAGGAUUGAACGGCUAGCUAUGAAAGUUGGGGAGAACUUGUUUAACUUUAUGCAGUCCUUUUGUGGUGUUGAUGGGUCCAAACUGAUUGUUCCAAUGGACAUUUUGGACCGUUGGUUUAAGAAGUUUCAAGAAAAGGCUAAACGCGAUCCUGAGUACCUGAAAGGUUUCGCAUUGUAAUCACUCCCUGCUUUUUUUAUUUGUUUGAAGGUAUGAUUUAAGUUACUGCAUUUUAAUAUCAAAGAGUUUUCCUUUCA